GAGCCGGAGUGUGGGAUAGUCGCUGAGAGGUUUAUAAGCCCGGGAGAGCAUUCGAACCGGACAGCGAGAAAGCAAACAAAAUGGAGAAGAACGGAGUAGAUAGUACUGGAGAUGUGUCUCUGGACAAUGCCGUGAAACAGUGGCUAGAGUUUGAUAAGAACAGCAAGACCGCAGCAUGCGUGCGAGACCUGGUGAAGGCGGGAAACGUAGAUGAGCUGCGCAAAUGUUUUGGCACCCGGAUGGAGUUCGGGACGGCAGGGCUGAGGGCCGCCAUGGGGCCCGGCGUGUCCCGCAUGAACGACCUCACCAUCAUACAGACCACCCAGGGUUUCUGUUGCUAUCUGGAGAAGCAUAUUGAGGAUCUGAAGCAGCGUGGUGUUGUGAUCGGUUUUGAUGCUCGUCAGCAUGAACCCAGUGGCUCCACCAGCAAACACUUCGCCUCUCUGGCUGCAGCAGUGUUUAUCAGUCGAGGAGUUCCUGUUCAUCUCUUCUCUGUUUUCACUCCUACACCAUACGUGCCUUUCACUGUAUCUCAUCUGCGUCUGUGUGCUGGGAUAAUGGUGACGGCGUCUCACAACCCCAAACAGGACAACGGGUACAAGGUGUACUGGGAGAACGGUGCUCAGAUCAUCUCCCCCCAUGACAAAGGCAUCGCCUCUGCUAUAAUGGAGAAUCUGGAGCCAUGGGCGGAGUCUUGGGACAUAAGCUCCGCCUCCCAGAGCGAACUGCUCAAAGACCCGUACGAGGACAUGCACCGAGAAUAUCUGCAGUGUGUUCAACAGCACUGCUUCCACAGAGAGCUGAACAAGCGAUCAUCCGUGAAGCUGGUGCACACGUCGGUGCACGGCGUGGGUCACGUGUUCGUUCAGGACGCUUUUAAAGCCUUCGACCUUCGACCUCCGUACGCCGUGGAGGAGCAGAAAGAUCCCGACCCAGAGUUCCCCACCGUGGUGUACCCCAACCCUGAGGAAGGAGCCGGAGUGCUGACCUUGUCUUUUGCACUAGCGGACCGUGAGGGCGCGUCAGUGGUCCUGGCCAACGACCCAGAUGCAGACCGACUGGCCUUAGCUGAGAAACAGCCAAGUGGCGAGUGGAGGAUGCUCUCGGGGAACGAGCUGGGGGCGCUGCUGGGCUGGUGGAUGUUUCAGUGCUGGAAGGAGAAGCAGGGUGAGAAGUUCAGGGCUUCAGUGAAGGAUGUGUACAUGCUGGCCAGCACAGUUUCCUCCAAGAUUCUCCGUGCCAUCGCUCUCAAAGAGGGAUUUCACUUCGAGGAGACCCUGACUGGAUUUAAGUGGAUGGGGAACAGAGCGAAGCAGCUGCUGGAUCAGGGAAAGACCGUCCUGUUUGCCUUUGAGGAGGCCAUCGGAUACAUGUGCAGCCCAGCGGUGUUGGAUAAAGACGGAGUGAGCGCCGCAGCCAUCGCCGGAGAGAUGAUCUCGUACCUGGCGUCCAAAAACACCUCCGUCUCACAGCAGCUCAAAGCCAUCUACGACGAGUACGGCUACCACAUCACCCAGAACUCCUACUUCAUCUGCCACAACCAGGACACAAUCAAGCAACUGUUUGAGCGACUGAGGAACUACGACGGCGAGAACACCUACCCUAAAGAGUGCCGGGGCUUCGCAGUCAGCUCCGUCCGAGACCUCACUACGGGCUACGACAGCAACCAGCCUGACCUCAAAGCUGUCCUUCCUACCAGUAAGAGCAGUCAGAUGAUCACCUUCAGCUUUGCAAACGGGGGCGUGGCCACCAUAAGGACCAGCGGCACCGAGCCCAAGAUCAAGUACUACACCGAGCUGUGUGCUGCUCCAGGGAACAGUGAUGUGACUCAGCUGAAGGCCGAGCUGGACACCCUGGUGGACGCCAUCGUAGAGAACUUCUUCCAGCCUACGAAGAACAAUCUGAUCCCCCGAUCGGAUUAAACACAGGCGAUUGUGCCGAUGGAAGGAAAUCCCCCACUGCCUUAAAACCAAUCCUUUUCAACCCCCACCCACGUUUUCUGUUCAUCCACUGUUCCGCACGAGUUCACACGGAUCUGCACUUUUAGUCUGAACUUAGUCUUACAGUGUUGCCCCUCUAAGCCACGCCCACCCGACACGAAAAUGAUCGGAAAUCUCACGUUAUUCAAACCAAACACGAUUUCUUUUAAUUGUGUCUCUGUUUGUUUGUUUACUUUACCACUUAAUCUAGUCUUCCUCUUGAAGCACUUUAGCACACGCUAAACUAAAGUCUAGACGGUUUUCUUUACUCGUUCCCAGCAUUCAAACACCAAACACGACUAGUGACACAUUUACAUUCAAACACCUUUGUUUUUGAAUCUUUUGACCAAAGUAUAAUGGGAUAAAGCGCACGUGACGAGUGAAACGUUUACAUUCUUUGAUAUUUUAAAUUGCUUCCUUUAUUGUGUCCAUGUCCUGCCUUCAGUGGUGUCCUGCCUGAAUCGCUCGACGCCUGUAGAAACCAUCAGUAUAAUCAGUAGCAUCACACGCAGGAAUCUCACACAGUGAGAAUGAAGUCAUUACUAAAGCAAGAAACACAAUAAACACAAUUCAACACAAGUCUCCUUUCACUGGAGCCACAACUGCACCUCCCACAUACAUCAUCUCCAGCAGAAGCAUCGAUAUUCACCUCAGAACAUCACCCUGGGGUUUUCCCCUGCAUUUUAUCCACGCGUUGCGGUUUUCCUGGGAAUUUGAAAUGAAGGCAAAUUGUGUAUUUUUGUGCAAAUUCUACACAAAAGUAAAAAUAUCAUGAUGUUGCGUCGCCGUAGUGCACGACGAAGCUGUUUUUAACUGUUUGCCCGCUUUUCUUGAAAGAAUCCAUCAAAAUCCGUGAUUCUGAUGGAGUUUAAGACGGCAGAGAAGGUCUUGAUACCCGCAUUGUAACAUCACAAUUCUGAGAGCAUUCCGUACCUUUUUUUUCCCUAUUUCCUGUUUAAAACACAAUUUCAAGUUGUGAUUAGAAUCCAGUGCUGCUUUAAAAAUCUUUGACACAAUCACUUUCUCUCCAAUCUAUAACAUUCCUUUCAUCUUUCUUUUUUUUCUUCAGUUUUACUGUACGAUUUCUAGUUAUUUGUGUGAAAGUGAGUGAGUGCUGCCCCCUGCUGGACAACAUCGAAAUAUUACAUAGUAUAUACUAUUAACAUAUUAAUCAAUCAAUGCUCUAAAUAGAAGUAGAAGUAAAAGGAAUAAUAAUUAAUCAUGUGUUUUUUGUUGUCCUGGUCCACACUCUUCCAGCUGAAUGCUGUGAUGUUCUACUGAGUCAAUGUGAAAGCUUUCGUGUGUUUAUUUUCUUGCCAGAAACUAUUAUAUCAUAUAUUUAAAGCAGACUCCAAGCCGAAGCAGAAACUCCUGGGUUUUUAAACUCCUCCACAGACUUUUCUCAUUGCUUUACACUACUAUUUAUCAGCUUCUCUGUUCAUAGUUUUAUUUAAACAUGCCGCUUUCCUGCAAGUGGAUUUGAGCUGAAAGUUCUUCGGUUGACCUUCUGAAUAAAGAAUCUCACUUGU